AUGGCCGACCUGACCGUUGGCGCCGUCAAUGAUUUGCUGGGCCUCCUGUCGACCGCGGUGAAGGAGGAGGCGCGGCUCCUCGGCGGCUUGCGCGGCAACAUGCAGUUCAUCAAGGAUGAGAUGGACAGCAUGAACGGGUUCCUGCGGCACCUCACCCAGACGGAGAGCGAGCACGACGACCAGAUCCGCGCCUGGAUGAAGCAGGUGCGCGAGAUCGCCUACAUGGCCGAAAACUGCGUCGAGCGCUACGUGCGCGACAUCGCCCGGCACGACGGCGAGGGGCUCCUGGACACCGCGUACCUCCUCCUCCUCCACCCCAAGAAGUACAUCAUGCGCCGCAACCUCGCCAAGAAGAUCCUCGAGCUCAAGGUCCGCGUCAACGACAUCGGCGAGAGGCGGAAGCGCUACGACGUCAAAGUCCCGGACGGCCCGGGUCUGAAGAAGGCGGCGGAGGAUGGCGCCGCCGCCGCCGCCAAAGAGGAGAAGAGGGAUGCCUUUCGACGCCUUCUGGAACAAGCCAUCCCCGACAGUUCACGUCCUGCUGUUCCAUCUUCCAUCAGCGAAGAAGUCAUCAGGCAGCUUCCUCCUCAUGUGAGAUCUCAAGAUGCCCCGGCCCUAGUACAAGCUACUUGGAAGAAAUGCUGCCCUCCGGCUCCGGCUCCGCCUCCGGAUGGUGAAACAUUGAGAUGCAUCAGGAUGCUUCUUUGUGCUCUGUACGCCUACCGUUACAAGACCAAUAAUCUGGAGCUGGAUAGGCUGAAGAAGAUAGUACUGGGUGAGAAGGGAGGAACAGCAGAGGAGAUCAAGCUGAAGAUUGAAGUACUGGAUGAGGAGGAGGAGGAGGGAGGAACGGCAGAGGAGAGCAAGCUGAAGAAGAAAGUACUGGGUGAGGAGGAGGAGGAGGGAGGAACGGCAGAGGAGAGCAAGCUGAAGAAGAAAGUGCUGGGUGAGGAGGAGGAGGAGGAGGGAGGAACGGCAGAGGAGAUCAAGAACCAAGUGAUGAUCUUCUGCUACAGCUUGCUGUCCAUCCCGCAGAAGAGCUGCCUCCUGUAUCUGACAGCUUUCCUCGAGGAGAAAGCCAUCAGCAGGACGAGCCUUGUCAGGCGGUGGGUCGCCGAAGGACUUGUUGGCAAAGAAGAAGGGAGGACUGACGAAGAAGUAGGCGAGAGCUACUUCAACGAUCUUCUCUUUCGAGGCUUCAUCCAUCCUGCCCGCACCGGUGAUGCCGGCACGGUCAAGAGCUGUCAACCGCUGGCUGGGUCGAUCAGAACCUUCAUCACCAAGAUCGCCAAGAACGAGAACUUCGUCAUCGACCUGCCGAUUCACCUCGACCGCCAGCUUACUAUCCGAAAGAAAGUUGUUCUGUCACAGCAGCUGCCGCCGCAGCAAGCGGCGUCGGGUUGCUGCUGGAGCUGGAGGGAUGUCGUCGGGGCCAUGGACGACUACUGUGGUUGCUGCUGCUGCUGGAGGGACGACAACCCCAUGGACGACCUGGUGGGUUUCCUCAACAGUCUCCCUGAGCUAUACCGGCUGAACGUGCUGGAUCUGGGAGGCUGCAGAGGCCUGAAGCCGCGCCACAUCGAGGCCAUCUGCACCGUCGUUUGCCUCAAGUAUCUGAGCCUUCGCAAGACAGAUGUCUUCUGGCUGCCGCCCACCCAUCUGAAGAAGCUCAAGCUGCUGGAGACGCUGGACAUUCGGGAGACGCCACGCUUACGUCCCCGCGACGUGGGGAGGAUGUACCUGCAUAGCUUGAAGCAUCUGCUCGCCGGCCGCUACGUCGACAAGGUGACCGGCGAGGAGCUCCCCACGGCCAGGAGGACGUCGGCCGAGGUGUCGCUCGUCACCGUGCGGAUCCCCAGCAGGAUCGAUGAGAUGACGAGCAUGGAGACGCUGUCCCACGUCCAGGUCUCCGAGGACGGGGCCGAGCUGGGACGAGUUGGCAAGCUGCGUAAGCUGAGGAAGCUCGGUGUGGUCAUCCGACGCGUCAAUCGUCGUGGUGCCCAGCAGCUGCGUGGAGUGAUAUACGCGCUGGCUGGAUGCCUGCGCUCGCUGUCCAUCUGGGUCACUCAGGACCAGGGCGGGGUCCUCGACAUUUCCGUGCUGCAGGAGGCAACCUCCAGCUUGGUCCUCGAGAACCUGGAUAUCAACGGAAGGAUCGGCACUAGCCUCCCUUCAUGGGUCGAGAGGGCCGGGAAACUGGCUAACAUCUCCCUGCGUGACACUGAGAUGAGCGGAGGAGAGACUCUGACAAGGCUUGCCAACGUCCUCAGCCUGCGUUGCCUCAAGCUCAGCCGCAGGUCAUUCCUCGAGCAAGCGCUCAUCUUCAGGGACGACGUCCACUUUAAAGCUCUCAAGUUCCUCGUCGUCGACGGCGACACCAUCACCAGCGUCACCUUUGCCGCCGCCGGCGCAGCUCCUGAGCUCGAGAAGAUUGUUUGGUCCAUAAGCAAGCCGCACUCUGGGGACCUCAUCUCUGGGAUCGACCGCCUCCCGAAUCUGAAAGAGAUUGAGAUCAGAGGCAACUUCAACGUCAACAAUCUCUUGCAAGCCAUUGGAUCACUUACAGAUCCACCGGUCACAAGUUAUCGCUGCCGGUACGUAUACCUCUCCGAUUUAAGCGACAUCACUGUGGUAAAAAAAGCCAAGAGCGAUACUACUUUAUCAGUCCCGGUUGGUGUUAUCAACCAGCAGCAGCAGUAA